AAUAUCCUGCAGUUAAUGCGCAAUGACUAUGCACUUGAGACAAUGACAGACCACAGCAUUGAUUACGCCCGCAAAAUGGACGCCGCUGAGGAGCUACUGUCGCAACUAGAGAAUAAUAAUAAUAAUAAUACUAGAAACAAUAGUAAUAAUAGAAGCACGCGAUUGCUGCCCGCGCCCAUUAAGGUCUGCUCCUCCACCUCCGACUUGCUGUUUAACAAGGCGCGUCGACGUCGAAGAGAACUGGAUGAACGGCACUCGCAGCUCAGUCCACGUCCACAGCCAGGUGCUCAGCCUCGUCCUUGCCAACGGCCGCUUGUGAUGGUCGAACAUCGUCGCUCAUACCGAGUGCUGAUCGUGACGGCGCUCCUGGUUAGCCUGGUGACCAGCUUCAUAACGAUUAGCGCUGGCUUUCAGCUGGACGGCUCGCAGAAUUCGUUCUACACCUUUCGCAAAUGGUAUACUGGCCUGAAUGGCACCUUGGAGCUGGAGUUCAAGACGGAGCAGCCGAAUGGCCUCGUCCUUUAUACAGACGAUGGCGGCACCUAUGACUUCUUCGAGCUGAAGCUUGUCGAGGGUGCACUCCGACUGCGCUACAACCUGGGCGGGGGAGCGCAGAUCAUAACGGUGGGACGCGAGCUGCACGACGGACACUGGCACAAGGUUCAAGUGCUGCGCAAUGACGACCAGACCUCUCUCAUUGUGGACGGAGUCUCCCAGCAGCGCACCACCAAGGGCAAGGAGUUCCAGUUCGGAAAAUUCGCAAGCAACUCGGAUGUGUACGUGGGCGGCAUGCCCAAUUGGUAUAGCAGCAAGCUCGCCUUGCUGGCUCUGCCCAGCGUCAUCUUCGAGCCACGCUUCCGCGGCGCCAUUCGCAACCUCGUCUAUGCGGAUCAGCCCGGUGGCACCACGCGAAGACAGGAGAUGAAGCAGCCGCGCGACAUCAAGUGCGGCGAUGCGCCCUGUGACCAUGGCGAGAUGCCUACCCGGGAGAGAGGAUUGAGGGGCGUUCGAGGGAAUACGACGGAUGCGUGCGAACGCAACGAUCCCUGCCAACAUGGAGGCAUAUGUAUAUCCACUGACUCGGGCCCGAUAUGCGAGUGUCGCAAUCUGGAAUACGAUGGCCAGUACUGUGAGAAGGAGAAGGCGCCAUCGGAGGCAACGUUCCGCGGUACACAGUUCCUCUCGUACGACUUGGGCCAGACAGGCGCUGAGCCCAUUGUCAGUGCCCAGGAUGCGAUUUCGUUCUACUUUCGCACCCGCCAACCGAACGGACUACUCUUCUAUACGGGACACGGCACGGACUAUCUGAAUCUGGCGCUGCGCGACGGCGGCGUUUCGCUGACCAUGGGCCUGGCCAACGGGAAGCAGGAGAUGCACAUCAAGCCAGCCAAGGUGCGCUUCGAUGAUCAUCAGUGGCACAAGGUCACUGUCCAUCGACGCAUUCAGGAAAUCUCGUCCAUAACCAGCUUCUGUCGACUCGUCACUGUUGUGGAUGACGUGUACACGGACCACUCCCACAUCGCUGGCAAGUUCACCAUGCUCUCCUCCUCGCGCGUUUAUGUCGGCGGCGCCGUCAAUCCGCGAGCUUUGCUGGGCGCCCGGGUUCACAACAAUUUUGUGGGCUGUCUGCGCAAGGUGGAGUUCUCGGCGGAUACGUUGAAUCUGAAUCUAAUCGAUCUGGCCAAGACCGGCUCCAAGUUGAUUCAAGUGGCGGGCAACGUGGAGUAUCAGUGCCCAAGUGGCGAUCCACAGGAUCCGGUUACCUUCACCACGCGCGAAUCCCAUUUGGUUCUGCCACCUUGGGAGACGGGCAAGCAGAGCUCAAUCAGCUUUAAAUUCCGCACCAAGGAACCCAAUGGCAUCAUCAUUCUGGCCACCGGCUCCAAGCAGCCACGCGCUAAAAACCCCGUUUUGAUUGCCAUAGAGCUGCUGAAUGGUCACAUCUAUAUACACCUGGAUCUGGGCUCGGGCGCCUCCAAGGUACGCGCCUCGAGGCGUCGCGUCGACGAUGGCGACUGGCAUGAUCUUAUCUUGCGGCGCAACGGUCGUGAUGCCAAGGUGAGUGUGGAUGGUGUCUGGAAUGAUUUCCGUACACCAGGCGAUGGCACCAUACUCGAGCUGGACGGCCACAUGUAUGUGGGCGGCGUUGGCCCGGCCUACAACAGCGUUGCCUGGCCGGCGGCCAUUUGGACGGCAACGCUGCGGCAAGGAUUUGUGGGCUGCUUGCGUGACCUGGUGCUCAGUGGGAAGGCGAUCGAUAUAGCAGCCUUUGCACGCGUCCAAGAUUCAGCCUCGGUGAAGCCCUCGUGCCAUGUGCAGGGGAACGUGUGCGGCGGCAAUCCCUGCCUGAAUGGCGGCACCUGUUUGGAGGGCUGGAACCGGCCCAUCUGCGACUGCUCAGCCACGCUGUACGGCGGACCCACGUGCGGCAGGGAGCUGGCCACGCUGGCCUUCAACGGCAGCCAGCACAUGACCAUUUGGCUGGCCAAUGGCCAGGGCACCAAGACCCAGACAGAGGAGCUGGUCAUACGCUUCAAGACAUCCCGUCCGGCGGGGCUGCUUCUCCUGACGAGCGCCGAGUCGAAUUCACCUGAUCGCCUGGAGAUUGCACUCGUGGCAGGUCGUAUACGCGCCAGCGUGCGGCUCAGCGAUCGCGAGAAGAACUUGCUCGCUGGCCAAUCGGUGCUCAAUGACAACAAUUGGCACACGAUUCGAUUCUCGCGCAGAGCCUCGAAUCUGCGCUUACAAGUCGACGGGGCUCCCCCCGUCAGGGGUAUGUUAUCUGAGACCAUAUUGGGUAGACACAGCACCAUGGAGAUACGCUCAAUACAUCUGGGUGGACUAUUCCAUGCCGAGGAGGAGAUACAGAUGACCUCGACCAUGCCCAACUUUGUUGGCCAAAUGCAGGGCUUCAUAUUCAAUGGACAGCGAUAUCUGGAUAUAGUAAAGUCCCUGGGGCCCGAGCUAUCAGCUCUUCCCAGUGCGACCUUCAAGUUGACAGCUCGAUUUGUGAACUCUCCGGCCGGACAGCCCUAUCAUGCAGCCACCUUCAGAUCGAAGCACUCCUAUGUGGGCCUGGCCAUGCUGAAGGCCUACACCAGUAUCUCGGUAGACUUCCGCUUCAAGACCGUCGAGCCGAAUGGCUUGCUGAUCUUCAAUGGGGGGCGACGCAACGAUUUUGUGGCCGUGGAGCUGGUCAAUGGACACAUUCACUACACCUUCGAUCUGGGCGACGGGCCGAUCACGAUGCGCGACAAGUCUCGGAUUCACAUGAAUGACAAUCGCUGGCAUCAGGUCAGCAUACGACGACCUGGCCCGAAGACCCACACCUUGACCGUAGAUGACUCGUUCGAGAUCAUCACAUUGACUGGAAACAAUAUGCAUCUCGAGCUAGCUGGCAUCUUGUACGUUGGAGGAGUGUUCAAGGACAUGUACUCCAAGCUGCCGGGCUCGAUAUCCUCGCGGUCUGGCUUUGAGGGCUGUUUGGCGUCACUGGAUCUGGGCGACUCGUCGCCCUCGCUGACCAGCGAUGCUGUGGUGCCCAGCUCCCUGGUGGUCAGCGGCUGUGAGGGACCCACCAAGUGCAGCCAGAAUGCGUGUGCGAACCGAGGACUCUGUGUCCAGCAGUGGAACACCUACGCCUGCGAGUGCGACAUGACUUCCUACACGGGCCCCACCUGCUACGACGAGUCCAUCGCCUAUGAGUUUGGCAGCAACAAGGGCAUAGUGCAGUACACCUAUCCGGAGAGCGCGCAGGCCGACACCGAGGAGGACAACAUCGCAUUGGGCUUCAUAACAACCAAGUCGGAUGCCGUGCUGCUGCGCGUGGAGAGUGCCACGACCCAGGACUACAUGGAGCUGGAGAUCGUUGAGGGCAAUAUCUUCAUGGUCUACAACAUUGGCAGCGUGGACUUGCCGCUGGGCGAGAUCGGCACCAAGGUGAACGACAAUGCUUACCACGUGGUGCGCUUCUCGCGCAAGGGCGGCAACGCCACCCUCCAGCUGGACGACUACAACGUGCAGACUCUGACGCCGCAGGCCCAUCAUUCCACGGUCUUCAACACCAUGUCGAGCAUUCAAGUUGGCGGCAAGUUUAGUCGCAAUGGCCGCACGAGGAUCGAGCGUCCUUUUGCUGGUGUCAUCGCCGGUUUGUCGGUGAAUAAGCUGCGCAUCCUGGACCUGGCUGUCGAACGUGAUCCUCACAUCACGAUUCGCGGAGAUGUUCAAUUGGUAACUGGAGUAUUAGAUAGAAAUGAUCUGCAGAGAAUGCAGCAGACUUUGAACUCUACUCGACAGACGCCGGCGAGUGGCUAUCCGGGCGCCAUAGACGACCUGAUCUUCUCCGGAGCCGGAUCCGGUUGUCGCGGCGACGACGAGGAUGAAUGCACGCCGCCCUUCGAGUCGGGCAGUGGAGAUGACCUGAUCACACCCGUCUAUGUGCCGCCCACCAAGCAGACAACAACCACACAGCAGGGCAACUCGCUGGGCAGCAGCAACAACACGAACAACACCAAUGGCACGGAGCGCGCCUGCGAUGAUGAGGAUUGCGUGCACGGGUCCGGGGACUACGGCGAGACUACGGAGCAGUUCACAUCGUCGAGCACGGCCAAAGGUGCAGAGUCCAAUAACGAGCUGGUGACCGCCUCAACCACUGGACGCAGCGAUAUAACCACCGAGCAGCAACACAGCAGCAGUAGCAGCAGCAGCAGCGGUGGCAGCAGCACCACCUAUGUAACCACCAUAUCCAGUGCAGGCAGCGGCGGCGGCAGCAGCACCUCAGGCAGUCAGCCGAGCAGCACCGCCAGUUUGGGCACCACCACUCAGCGCAUUAGCAGCAGCAGCAGCACCUCCACCACGAGCUCAACCACAACCACCACGUCGGCAACGACAACGAGCAGCACCACCACCAGCACCACCCAGUUGCCGGAGGUGCCAGCCACGGAGCGGGAGACGACGCCCGAUAGCUACGUGCCGAUAGGAGGCGGCAGUCAUCGAGAUCACGAGCGUAUGCAGCUGCCGGAUGAGCACCAGCUGCCGCCGCUGCCACCUCCACUGCCACCACAGCCAGACCCACCACCGUACGGGCCCUAUGGCGGCAACACCUACACCAGCAAUGUGAACAGCGGCAGCUACCGACCCAAGGGCGGCAAGGGCGGGCGCAUCAAUUCGAUUGAGGAGGAGCGCACGGCCAUGAUCAUUGGCAUUGUGGCGGGCAUCCUGAUAGCCGUCAUCCUCGUCAUCCUGCUCGUGCUCUGGCUCAAGUCGAACGGCGACCGCGGCUACAAGACGGAGAGCGAGAAGGCCGCCGCCUACGGCUCCCACAACCCGAACGCGGCGCUGCUGGGCAACAACAGCACCAAUGGCUCCUACCAUCAGCAGCGCCAGCACCACCAGGCAGCGGGCGGGCAGCAUCACAGCCAGCAGCAGCAGCACCACCAGCAGCAGCAGCAGCAUCACAACCUGAACGGGCACAGCAGCAGCGGCGGCGGAGGGGGAGGCAUGAUGUCCAGCGGCAGCGGCUCCCUCGGCUACGGCAGCGAUGGACGGCCACAGAUGGCAGGCCUCGUGCAGCCCAAGGCCAAGAAGCGCGACUCCAAGGACGUCAAGGAGUGGUAUGUGUAAGGCCCCAAAGCCACCAGCGAGAACCAGCGUCAAAUUAGCAAUAUACAAAGACACACACACACACACACACACAUACAAAGCUUUAAUGCCGAUCUAAAGGUUGAUCUCUUCAGUAUCCCCCUCAACACAAAUGCAUACAUACAUACAUAUAUACAUAUACAUAUAUAUAGCAUAUGUAUCUAUGGACGAGGUGUGUUCAAAUAAGAUCAUUUUCACAUUCGAUUUCCCCAAAUGAAGUAAACAUUUCGCGAUCGGGUACCGA